CGCCCACCGGCCCCACAUGUGCAGCCUCACGCCAGGCCGCCUGCGGUGCCGCCUGCAUCCCCGUUCCCUGGCUCUGCGACGGCGAGCAGCAGUGUCCCGACGGCACGGACGAGCAGUGCGAUGUUGCCUGUGGCGGGGACCCCCAUGUUUGGCAGUGUGAUGAUGGCAGGUGCGUUUCCAGCAGCUGGCGUUGCGAUGGUGCUGCUGACUGCCCAGAUGGCUCCGAUGAGCAGGACUGUGUGUGCGGGGAAAAGAAAGUGCAGUGUCCUGGCACCCACCACUGCAUCCCGCACUGGGAGCUGUGCGAUCGGCACCAGGACUGUGAGGACGGCUGGGAUGAGGAGGGGUGUCCCCAGCAGCCCUGUCUGCCCGGGCAGUGGCAGUGCAGGAACAGGGUGUGCAUCAUGGCCGAGUGGAAGUGCAACGGGGUUGAUGACUGCGGCGAUUCCUCGGAUGAAGAUGUCUGUGCCCCGUGCCCACGUGGCAUGGAGCGGUGCGAUGAAGGAAAAUGCAUCCUGGAGUCCCUGAUGUGCAAUGACGAGGAUGACUGCCUAGACGGCACUGACGAGCCCAGCACGUGUGGUCGGAGCUGCUUUGUGCGCAACGGGGGCUGCGCGGAGACGUGCACCGACACACACUGGGGCGUGCAGUGCUCCUGCGGGGCCGGAUGGGUGCUACAGGCGAACGGGCAGGGCUGUGCUGAUGUGGACGAGUGCUCCCUGGAGUACAGCCCCUGCAGCCAGCUCUGCAGCAACACCCCGGGUGCCUUCAGCUGCAGCUGCUUCCAGGGCUACACCCUGCGGCAUGGCACCACCUGCGAAGUGGCAGACAACGCAACACAGAUCCUGGUGGCUGUGGGGGAGGACCUGGCCCUUCUGGAUGUGCGGACCCAAGCCUACCGGCCCUUGCUCUCCACCGAGACCGAACCCCGUGCCCUGGUGUACGAUCUGUUCCGGGAGACCUACUACUGGCUGACGGAGGAGGGCGAGCUCCGUGUUCGCCUCCCGGGGAAGGGCACACGGCCCCUCUAUGCAGAUGCCGGGGAGGUGAACAGCAUCUCUGUGGACUGGUUCACAGGGCAGCUGUACUGGGCCAGCAGCCUCCCUACAGCUAUCUGUGCGGGGCUGAGUGAUGGCCGGGGCUAUGUGACAGUGCUGGGGAAGGACGUGGUGCCAGAGCAGGUGACAGUGCAUCCAGCUGCAAGGUCCCUGUACUGGGUCAACCGCGGGCAGAGGGGCCGGACAGUCAUUGCCGCAGCCGGCAUGGAUGGCUCCAACCGGCGGGAGCUCACAGUGGUGUCCAUGGAGGAGCCUGUGGGGCUGAGCCUGGACCAUGUGGCUGGCAGGCUGUACUGGAUCAGCGAGUACAAAGAGUCCAUUGAGACGCUGCGGGUGGAUGGCAGCGGGCGCCACUCCUUUCCCGCUGUCCGGCGGAGCCACACGGAGCCUCUGGGCCUGGCCGUGUUCGAGAGUCGCUUCUUCUGGACUGAUGGCACAGAGCUGGUGUCGGCCACCCGGGCCUCUCCCCAGGAGCACGCAGUGCUGCUCCGUGCCCCCGUCACGGCGUUCACUGUGCUGCACGUCCUGCACCAGCCUCCCCAGCUGUCCAUCGCGUAUGCGUCGGGGAAAGCCAUCUCCCUGGUGCGGGUGGGCCCUGGAGCACACAGCAAACUGGUGCAGGAGUGGCAGGGGGCCCCCUUCCACCUGCAAGACGUGGACUGGCACCGGUCGAUGCUCUAUGGGACAGAUGACCGUGGGACACUGCUGCGUGUCGUGGGGCACCCUGGCAAGAGAGAGACCAUUGUGACUGGGCUGCCAAUCUGCUCUGCCCGUGUGGACAUCCGCGUGGGGGACCUGUACUGGCUCGCAUGUAACCGGAGGGACAUCGGGGUGAUCCAGGUGUCUGACAUGUCCCCGCGCAUCCUGCACCGUGCCCGCAGCAGCAUCCAGCACCUCUUUUUGGACUGGCAGCGGGGCCUGCGAGCACUGAGUCUGACCAAGCGGCAAGCGGUCACCCUGGCACCCAGCUGGUCCCACAGCCUUCUGGCUGCCUUUGAGCCUUACCUGGUGACAGCAAAUGGGACAGCUCUGCUGUUGUGGGACCGGAGGACGCUGGCCCCUAUGCUGGCCGUGCCGGCAGCUGAUGUACAGGGAGUGGUGGCCUUCGUGGCCUCAGAGCUGCAGGCUGUCCGCCAUCUGUCCUGUCCUCGCACACAUGUGCUCUGCCGUGAUGGCACUGAGUGCGUGGCCCAGGAGUACGUGUGUGAUGGGGAGAAGGACUGUGCAGAUGGCUCUGAUGAGGAUGGGUGUGCCCAGCUCUGUGAUACCCCAGGGGCCUUCCACUGUGCAAACGGAGCUACGUGUGUCAAGGCUGAGGAGCACUGCGAUGGGGUGCCGCAGUGCCCCGAUGCUUCAGAUGAGGCGGGCUGCUGGAGUCCCACGCAGGAAUGUGCCCUGCGCUGUGAUGCUGCCAGCCGCUGUGUCCCCGAGAGCUGGCUGUGCGAUGGUCACGCUGACUGCCUGGACCACACUGAUGAGCAGGGCUGCGUGCCGAAGGAGUGUGGCCCAGCCGAAUUCUCCUGCCGGAGUGGGCAGUGUGUGGCCCUGGCCCUGCGCUGUGACGGUGACCGUGACUGCCGGGAUGGCUCAGAUGAGGAGGGCUGUGCCGUGCCCCGGCCACUGCUGUGCCGCACGGGCGAGGUGGCGUGUCCCCACAGUGGGGAGUGCGUGCCCGAGGCCUGGCGCUGUGACGGCACCACUGACUGCAGGGAUGGCACAGACGAGCAGAGCCACGAGUACUCAUGUGGGCUGGGGGUCUGCCUGAAUGCAUCCCGGGUGUGCGACGGCCAGCAGGACUGCAUGGACAGCUUGGACGAGGGGGGAAACUGCUCUGUGCCCUGCCAGUGGCCCUGUGCUCAUCUCUGCUACCCCUCGCCCCAGGGCCCUCGGUGCUGGUGUGACCUGGGCUAUCAGCUGGCCAAUGACAGUCUGUCCUGCAUGGACAUAAAUGAGUGCAUGGAGUGGGGCUUGGAAGCCUGCAGCCAGACGUGCAUCAAUACCCCAGGAUCCUACAGCUGUGGCUGUCUCCUUGGCUACUUGCUGGAGCCUGAUGGCCAUGUCUGCAAACUCAGUGGACCAGAGCCCGUGUUGCUGGUGGCCAUGCAGUCAGAGGUGUUGUCCUACGGCCUGCGGAGUGGGCACGAGGAGGUGCUGCUGGCCACUGACAAGGAUCGUGUUGUCUUCUCGUUUGACUAUGACCUGGUGGAGAGAAAAAUCUUCUGGAUGGACCUGGCCACAGAGAGCAUCCGCUGGCAUGACCUCAACUCGGGCAAGAAAGGCACACUAGUGAAAGGGGUGAGAUCAGACUGUAUAGCAGUGGACUGGAUCGGGAGGAACCUGUACUGGACAGAUGGGGCAGCAGGGCGGGUGCUGGCCACUCGGCUGGGGGCUACGUGGCGAGGGAUACCGGAGUACACCGUGGUGAUGGAAGGAGACCUGGAUCGGCCCCACUCCCUGGUGCUCCAGCCUCUGGCAGGGUUGCUGUACUGGUCGGAGGUGGGGAGCCACCCACGGCUGAUGGAGGCCACCAUGGAUGGGAGUCGGCGGCAUGUUCUGCUGGCCCAGGGGCUGGGCUGGCCCACAGCAUUGGCCCUCGACCUCUCCACCUGGAGGAUCUUCUGGCUGGAUGAGAAGCUGGGGAGCAUCGGUUCUGCACGUCUGGAUGGCACCAGUGUGAAGGUCCUGCAGCUGGACUGGAUCCAGAGCCCCUUCGCGGCGGCUGUGUGUGAGGGGCAGCUCUACUGGUCAGAGAAGAAGACAUGGUCUGUGCAGCAGGUGGACAAGGCUAGCGGCAAGAACAGGACUGUGCUGCUCAAGCGACAUGGGCAGCCUCAUGGCCUCCAGGUGAUGCACCCAGCCCUGCGCCCCACAGCCUCCAACCCAUGUGUGGCUCGUGGCUGCUCCCACCUCUGCCUGCUGAGCACCAGGCAUGCUGGGCAGUGCCGCUGCCCUGCUGGGCUGACACUGGCUGAAGAUGAGACCACCUGCCUGCCCCUCCGUGACUCGGCCUUUGCUCUCCUGGUGUCACCAGCAGCUGUGGUGCAGGUCUACCUGAAGGACCUGCCCAUCACAGCUGGAUCCCAAGGCCUUCCCCAACACCGGGCCCUGCCCUUGGCCAAGGUGGGACGCCUGACAGCCAUCGACUAUGCAGUGAAAGACAAGAGCCUGUACUUUGCGGAGGUGGGGGGCGACUCCAUCGGGCUGCUGCGCCUGAAGGACUGGGGCCGGCUGUCCUGGAAGCAGGCGGUGGCUGUGGAGGGCACGGUGACAUCCCUGGCCAUGGACUGGCUGAGUGGGAAUUUGUACUGGAUUGGGGGGCAGCCACCCAGCAUCCAUGUGGCAGCUCGUGGGGGGCGGUGGGCCCUGGUGCUGCUAAGCAAGGGGCUGGAGGGCGCUGCCUCGCUGGCGCUGUGCCCUCGUGCCUCCACCAUGUGCUUCGUCACGGCGGACAGCAGCCACAGGGCCAGUGCCGCGGUGGAGUGCACGGCCAUGGAUGGUACCAGCCGCAGGGCGGUCUGGAGGAGAGCCCGGGAUCAUCCUUCUGGCCUUGCCUUUGGAGGUGCUGGCACCCGGCUGUACUGGGCAAACCGUGAGAGAGGCACCAUCAGCAGCGUUGAGCUGGACGGAUCCAGCUUUCGGGUGGUGCGGGAAGGGCUGCACGGCCUCUCACUCUUUGCCAUCGGAGAAGGCUUUCUGCUCUGGAGCACGACCUCAACCAACGGCACCAGCAAGAUCUGGCACAGUCGGCUGGAGCGGGCUGAGAGCUGGUGGUUCCCAAUGGAGCAGGAGUUGGUAGCCAUGAGGAUUUACAGCCCAUUCUCGCAGGAAGGCACCCAUGGCUGCAAGAAGAACAACGGGGGCUGUGCCCAGCUCUGCUUGCCCAACCCUGCAGGACGGCUCUGCCGCUGCGCCCCCGGCUACCACCUGGUGCGUGGGGUGGCUUGCACACCCGCACUGUCCUGCCCAGCCCCGCUCCAGGCCUGCCCUGACCACCAGAGCUGCAUCUCCAGAGAACAGGUGUGCGAUGGGCGUCCCGACUGCAUUGAUGGCUCCGAUGAGUCCAACUGCCCCUCCGCGGAGGUGGGGACACAGGUCACCACAGUGGCACCGUCAGGGAUGUCCCAUGUGGAACCAGCCUUACCCGCACCUGCACCUAAGCCUCAACAACCUAUCCCCAGCUUGCCUGCAGCCCCUGGCCCCCGGAAGCAUGGAGAGCAUUUUCUGGUACCCCCCAGCACCGAGGGGGUGCUGGGGGCCAGUGAGACGUGUAACCUGCGUGGGGAGUGCACCAUUGAGGCCGGGCGAGUGACAUGCCACUGUGCCUUGGGCUACCGCGGUGACUACUGCGAGGAGGCCGAGGUGCAGCCUGUUGCAGGACCUAUUGCCCUGGGGGUAGCUGUGCUCCUGCUGCUUGCUGCCGCUGCUGUGGGGGCCUUGGCCUACAUGCGAAGGCGGGACAGGCGGAGAAGAACAUCAAGCACUGCCUCCACCCGGGUGCUGACCUUGUACCACCGUGAAAGUGACCCCGAAGAAGAGGAUGAGGAAGAGGAAGAGCUUCCCCCCAAGAGUGACACCUUUGUGAAUGAAGCUUACGAUGGGAAAGAGGUGAGCAGCAUCUGGAUCAGGCCUUGGUAG